AUGCCGACUGAGGUCGAGGCGCUCACCUACUCCACCGCGCCAGAGCCUGUCGCUCCCUUCAACUUUGGUCGCGCGUCGAUGAGAGAUGCAAUCCUGCACACGUGCGAGCGUCCAGGGGCCGACGACCGAAACAACACUCCGGGAGGCACGCCACAGGAGGAGGUGGACGAGUGGCUGCGCUUCAUGAAGGAGAAGAACGUGCGGCGCGUCCUGACGCUGCUUGAGCCGAACGAACUCGCUUUCUACAGGACGCCGCUCAAAGACGUCUAUGCCGCUGCCGGCCUCCACUGGACGCAUGCUCCCAUGAGCGCGCCCGAUGCCAAGGAUCGGGCCAUGGAGGCCAUCCGCGCUGCCGAAGCGGCCGGCGAGGUGAUCGUCGCCCACUGCACGCACGGCAUGGGGCGCGCCGGCCGCGUCAGCGGCGCGUGGCUCUGCGAGAGGUACGGACUCUCCCCGAUCGACGCGACUCGCGAAGUGAUGAAGCAGGCCGAGGGGCAGUCUACUCUGCGGAUGGGUGAUCCGCCAAAGCUCGCGGAGUACCUCGGCUUGCUCAGCAGGCCGUUUAAGCCGUCAGUCUAG